GCUCUAGCUCCGGUUGCGUGCGGGAGCAACAUGGCGGACCGCCUCACGCAGCUCCAAGACGCAGUGAACUCGCUUGCAGAUCAGUUUUGUAAUGCCAUUGGAGUGUUGCAACAGUGUGGUCCACCUACUUCAUUUAAUAACAUUCAAUCAGCAAUUAACAAGGACCAGCCAGCUAACCCCACAGAAGGCUGCUAGCUUGUAUAAGCUGGAGGAAGAGAACCAUGAAGCUGCUACCUGUCUGGAAGAUGUUGUUUAUCGAGGAGACUUGCUUCUGGAAAAGAUCCAGAGUGCAUUGGCUGACAUUGCUCAGUCUCAGCUGAAGACAAGAAGUGGAGCCCAUACCCAACCUUUUCCAACUACUAGCACUGUCACACCCUGGGCUGAAAAAAGGACUGGUCCAUGCCGUUAGCAUUCUGCAGCAGGUAUACCAACACAGCAACAUCAGUCACUCAGAUGUGCUGCCUUUCAGCCAGUUUUAAUUCUCUCUUCUUUGUUGAUAAAUAAGCUUAUAAAGUCGUGAUAGAAUUUGCUUUAAGCCAUCUUUGUGUCAUCAUUUUAUUUUUGUUUUUUCCCCCUCUGGAUGAAGAUACCAAUGCAUUUGUAUUCAUAAUAGAAUUAAACAUAUAAUAAAGUUAUGCAUUGUUUUUU